GUAGUAGUAGGCUGUUCCUUCGUAGUGGUAGGCUGUUCCUUCGUAGUGGUAGGCUGUUCCUUCGUAGUGGUAGGCUGUUCCUUAGUGGUUGUCUUUUCUGUAGUAGUGGUAGGCUCUUCUGUCUUUUCAGAUUUAGUUGCCUUAGUCUCAUUUUCGGAUGAGGCAGUAGUCUUCUUUUCAACAGCAAGUCGAAUAUUUUUGAGCGAAUGUGUGGUCUCGGUUGCAACAGAAAGAGCCAACUGCGUGGUAGUACGAUGAUCUGAGGUUGUCUUGGUUACACUCAAACUUAUGCUUGUAAUCUUUUCCCUUUUCGUCGUGGUCGUGGUUUUUUCUUCUUUUGUAGUUGUAGUGGCGUGGUCAUGGUUUGAAGAUGUAGUCACAGGACGAGCUGUUGUAUGCUUUGUAGUGCUGCUAGCAUUGGAUUCGUCUUUUGCAGUAGACGACUCUUUUUUGGUAGUUUUGGAUUUCUCAGCUGUGGUUGAUUUGUGUUUAGUAACAAUUGAUCGUGCUUUUAAUGCAUUAGACAAUGAAGUCGUAAUUGAUUUAUAAUGCAAUUCUGUUGUUGCCUCCGGUUUUGCUUCGAUAGUUUGAAAUUGAAUACAAAUAAGAGCAAUAAGUAUAAAGAUUAGGUAAUGAUUGAGCUUCUUUUUUAUCAUCUAGCGAAUUACAAUUUUUAAAAAUCUAAAAGUACAUGUAAAAACUACAGAAAACGAAAGGAAUGUAAUAGGAACAAG